UUUCACUCGCCCCUCCUUUUUUUCAACCGAAGCAGGGGCUUAGGUUUGGAAUCACUGUUUCUUGUCUCACGACUUCUUGCAGCUGGACUCUCUUACCGCGGUGCAAUGGCGGGUGAUUUCUCAGUUUCAGGAGGCCGGACUGACAUCCGUGUUGUCGUCGCCGGCGAUCGUGGAACCGGAAAGUCUUCCUUAAUUGCCGCAGCGGCUUCCGAGUCAUUCAAUGAGAACGUGCCACCAGUGCUGCCUCCAACCCGUCUACCCGCUGAUUACUAUCCCGAUCGCGUCCCCAUCACCAUCAUCGACACUUCUUCCAGUGUAAGGCUUAGUGAAGAAUUGAAGCGAGCAGAUGUUGUCGUGUUAACUUAUGCAUGUGAUCAACCGAGGACACUCAGUCGAUUGACUAGCUUUUGGCUCCUUGAACUGCGUCGUUUGGAGGUGAAUGUACCAGUUAUUGUGGCUGGUUGCAAGCUAGAUCUAAGAGAUGAGAAUCAGCAGAUGAGUCUUGAGCAGGCCAUGGCGCCGACCAUGCAACAAUUCAGGGAGAUUGAGACUUGCAUAGAAUGUUCUGCGGCUACCCUGGUUCAGGUCCCAGAUGUUUUCUAUUAUGCUCAAAAAGCUGUACUUCAUCCAACUGCUCCAUUGUUUGACCAAGAAAGUCAAACAUUAAAACCUCGUUGUGUGAGGGCUUUGAAAAGGAUAUUUGUUCUUUGUGAUAUUGACAUGGACGGAGCCCUCAGUGAUACAGAGUUGAACAAGUUUCAGGUUAAAUGCUUUAAUACUCCAUUGCAGCCUGCUGAGAUAGUAGGUGUUAAACAAGUUGUGCAGGAUAGGAUUCCAGAAGGAGUCAAUGACCUGGGACUUACCUCUGAGGGGUUCAUAUUUCUGCAUGCUUUGUUCAUAGAAAGGGGCCGUCUGGAGACAACCUGGGCUGUUCUGAGAAAAUUUGGAUAUGGCAAUGAUGUAAAACUUAGGGAUGAUUGUCUUCCAUUACCAUCAAAGCGAGCUCCUGAUCAGAGUAUAGAACUCACAAGUGAAGCCACGGAGUACCUGCGUGGGAUUUUCCGGUUGUUUGACAUUGAUAACGAUGGAGCCUUAAAACCUGCAGAGCUAGAAGAUCUAUUUUUUACUGCUCCAGAAAGUCCUUGGGUUGUGGCGCCUUACAACGAUGCUGCAGAGAGAACAUCACUGGGAAAUCUGAGUCUGAAUGGGUUCCUAUCGGAGUGGGCACUUAUGACCUUACUAGAUCCACGAAAUAGUUUGGCCAAUUUAGUAUACCUUGGAUAUGGUGGUGAGCUUGCCUCUGCCCUACGUGUUACUCGGAGAAGAGCAAUUGACCGUAAGAAGCAACUAACAGAGAGAAAUGUUUUUCAUUGCCUGGUUUUUGGUCCCAAAAGUGCUGGAAAAUCUGCGCUGUUGAAUUCAUUUCUAGGAAGGCCUUUCUCGGACCAUUAUAUUCCAACUACUGGGGAACAUUAUGCAACAAAUAUCAUAGACCAACUUGGGGGGACUAAGAAGACUCUUAUUUUGCGAGAAAUACCCGAAGAUCGCACCAAAAGGUUUCUCUCUAAUAAGGAAGUUUUAGCAACCUACGAUGUGGCUCUAUUUUUAUAUGAUAGUUCAGAUGAGCAUUCAUGGAAAAGAUCAAAAAAAUUGCUUUUGGAGGUUGCUAGGCAAGGAGAAGAAAGUGGUUACAGGGUGCCUUCCUUGCUUAUUGCAGCUAAGGAUGACCUGGAUCCAUAUCCAGUGGCAGUACAAGAUUCAAUAAAGGUUUGUCAAGAGUUGGGGAUGGAGGUUCCUAUUCGUAUCAGCGUGAAAUCUGGAGAUCUGAGCAAUGUAUUCUUAAAAAUUGUUUAUGCAGCUGAGCACCCUCAUUUGAGCAUUCCUGAAACUGAAAGUGGAAGAAAACGCAGGCACCACUGGCAGCUUGUUAAUAAUUCGCUUAUGUUUAUUUCCGUUGGAACUGCUGUUGCUGUUAUUGGACUGGCAGCUUACCGUGCCUAUGCUGCGAGGAAAAAUGCUUCAAAUUAGGAUAUUUGAAGAGGAUUUUAGCGGUGAGAAGAUGGAGCUUCAGAUAAGCAGCCUUCUAAUGAGGUAAUGUUGGUUUUUGAUAACCACAGAACAUCCUUAUGCGCACAGUGCAUGUUUUUCCUGUCUCCUAUUCCCUGAUUUGAACUGGGUUCUUGAGCCCAACAUAAAGUUAUGGGUUAUGCCGAAAAUACCGAUGCUAGGGAAAGCAUUUAGUAUAUUCAAAAUACAGUGUAAGGACCGAAAAUAAUGAGAAAUUUUGAGCUGCCUUGUGAUGAUGGAUGAAGUUGCCAUGUUAAAAUAUGAUAGCCUGAUUUUCUGCGUUAUUGGUUCAAUGUUAAAAUUCUCAGAUUCCUAUUUAAUU